AUGGCAGGUAACCCAGAUGUUCAGUUUUUCCACCGACUGAAAAAACAUGGAGUUGAUGACGGGCUCGCAACAGUCAUUUUAUCAAGCAAAAAGUUUACUAGUAAAGAACUGGAGGAUUGGGCAAUCCUUGGACUUACUUCACUAAAACCCCAUGAUGCCAUCAGUAUUAUCAAAAAUCUACACUUCAGCCAAAAUACAGCAAACAGGAAAAGUGCAAUCCUUUGUUCGCAUAUCAAUAAUUUCCAGAAAUCUCUAAAAGAUAAAGAGGAAGCAUCUACUCAUCAUCAGAACAGUAAAGGCAAGGGUCAACCCAAACAACACAGAGUUCAAAGUGGAAGAGGACCUGGAAGAAGUCAAGGAAAAAGUGAAGAAAGAAAACAACAGCCCAUUCAGACAGAUACAAAAUACCUUAAGGAUAACCUGCAAUACUUGAAAGGUUUGUCAGAAAAUGCCAAAGGAAUCCCAGGUUUUAGUAGUCCUGGACAGUCAGUUCAUAAUAAAGAUGACAAGGGAAAGGCCAUGAUACCAGAUUCAGGCAAGAAACACCAAGGAAAGGGAUCAAAACAGGGAGGAGAUAAAAGGGCAGCCAAGGGAGGUGACUCCGUAGAGGAUAGUGAUUCCAGUAUCAAAAUGGAGAUAAACAGAAAAGGUAGUGCACCUGCUGAUAAAAGUUCACUGAGGAGGAGAUUUGGUAGUACUGAUGUUCUUAAUAAAACUUCAGGCAAUGGUAAUGUUUACAGUCAAGGCAGUACUUAUUCCACAAAUCAGUCAGGGAUGGAAGGGCUAAACAGAAAGUUUGGUAGCAUUGGCUCCCUCAAUGUCGGAGCAAGUUUAAAUACUUUUAACCUUGACAGUCAUUGCAACCAAGGGCGUAAUGAUUAUCCCAGACAAGGUAGAGGUGGAGGUCACCAGAACAACAGACCUGAGGUUGUGGACGCCCAUGUUGAUGAUAACAACCAGCGGAGAAGAUCCCAAGAUGGUAACAGAGGACAAGAUCAUGGCAGAGGUCGCGGAAAUUAUCGAGGUAGAGUCAGGAAUAGAAGGAGAAGAGGAUCAACUCAUCAAGGCAUUGAGGUAAUAGAUCAAGAGGAUGAAGAAAGUGACUCUGAUGAUUCAAGUGAUACCAGCAGUCUGUCUGUAAGUGAAGCUGGCAGUCAGGAUCCCCAAAGACAGAGACUCAACGACUUUGAUGACACAAAAAAGAAAAGAAGACGAAAGCGAAAACCACGUAGUAACUCAAAAAAAGAGGAAGUUGAAACCUUUGAAGAUGAAGGCGUGGAUGAAAACAAGAUUUUUAGUUAUCUUGUUAAAAGCUGUGGUGGAUUUAUUGCUUUUGGGGAUUUUGUCAAGGAAUGCGACUUAAUUCCAGCUGAGCUCGACAAAAAUAAAUGGUUUCGAUGUCACAAGCGUAGGUUCAAGUUGUUUGAAAAGGAAGGAGAGAUUUUGUACGUAUCGGCUUUCUACCGUGACGUUACCCUUUGCCUGGGAUACAAUGGCUUGUUUGGACGCAGCAAGAUUUGUUCAAAGACAGACUGUGAACAUUUCCAUAUCUGUAAAAGUUACAUAAGUGGACAUUGCUCUUUUGGCGAGACUUGUCGAUAUUCUCACAAUUUUAGAGAUGCCAGUAUUGUUGAACACAAAAAAAAGCUAGGUCUUCUCGAGUUCUCUGACAAGGAGAUGAUGAUUAUUCUUGGCAAUAGAUACCCAAGAAUCUGCUCAGAAUUUCUUAAAACUACCACAUGUUCUGUGGGGGAAAAUUGUCCAAAGCUACAUAUGUGCAGUCUUAGCUUGAAAGGGAGGUGUACCAACGAGACUGACUGUCCACUUGGUCAUUCCUUUGACACUGACCAUAAUAGAUGGGUGUUACAGUCUUUAGAAUACAUUACCUGGCUUAACACUCAGAGUAGAUUGCUUCUUAAAAAAGCUGUAUUAGUAGAUCAGUCUGUGGAAGCAUCUAUAGGAACAGAAAUUGUAACACAGAAGGAGGAACCAGAUGAUGAAGACCUUGAACGUAUUGAAGUUGAAAUGAAAGCAAUCAGCAAGAAACCUUAUAAGAAAGGUAUAUCCAGAGAAAAUAGAUUCAAAACAGAGAAGCCUGAUGAUGUUAUUUCUUUCAACUUGAAUCAAGAAACGCUCAUGGAAAGUAGUGUUGAUGUGACUGAAAAAUCUGAGCCAGUAAAUGAAUCCAGCAACAAGAAACCAAAGAAAAAAUCAAAACAAAAUAAAGAGAAUGUCAAGGUAACUUGGCUGGAUGAUGAUGCUGUUAAUAUUCCUCUCUGUGUAAAGCAUGUGGUAGGAAACUGCUCAGAGUUGUGUCCUAAAAGCCACCACCAUCACCCUGAUCAAGCACCCUAUGUCUGGCAGAUCAAGCAUGAUGAGAUCUGGCAUAGCUUCAGACCAGAAUACAGUGCAGAAAUUGAGGAAGGUUUCUGCAAUCAUCUGGAUGUUAUUGAUGCUGAGAUAUUCAUAGAGAAUGAAGCUGUGUACACGGUACAUGUGUGUGUGAUGGAUACCAGUAAUCAUAAGGGCGUGGUGUAUGAACAGGAUGGAAUUAUGCUUAGUGAUCCUGUGAGACUACCAGUACGACGUCUAUCUACUCAAUCCUAUGUGGAGGUAAAGGACAAAAAGCAGACUGCUAGUCCUUCCUUUAUCACACCCUGGAGAUGGUUCUGGAGGGAUGACAGUGAAGCAUGGCAGCCAUUUGACACCGAUAAUUUUGAAAAAACUCUUGAAAGGAAAUACAAGUUUGGACAGUCAACAUACUUGUUCACUCGGGAGAAUUACAAGUUCAAGUACAGGAUAGACUUUCGAACAUUUCGACAAGUAAACCUUGAUACAAUGAAAAAACGGGAUCUUCAUCGUCGGCCUUUAUUUGUUUCCAGAGUGGAUAUUCAAACUAAAAAUUUCCCAAACAACCUAGAGAUUACUGACCCAAUCAGUAAGCCCUCCCACUUUGUUCCAUGGGAUUUAUCCAGUGAUUUUGAACUUGUGGAAUUGGAACGAGUUGAACCAGAGUUCAAAACACUUCGUGACAAGUUUUUUGAGACGAUGGACAACAGCAAACAUGAAAUUCAGUACAUCUACAGAGUACAGAACUGGCAUCUUUAUCAAGCCUAUGAUAUGAAAAAGAAGAAUAUGAAAAAGGAAAUCAAUUUAGAAGGUCAAAGUCAUGAUGUAAAUGAAAAGGCUCUAUUCCAUGGCACAGACUCAAUGAAAACAUGCCAAGGUAUCUGCACAAACAACUUUGACUUUCGUACAAGUGGAAAGAAUGCUACAAUGUAUGGUGAAGGAUCCUAUUUUGCAGAAACUAGCAAAUACAGCCACUCAUACACACAGCCUGGUAAAAGCAGUGAAAGGUACAUGUUCCAGGCGAAGGUUUUGGUAGGGCUCUAUGCACGGGGUGAUCGAACUUAUCGCCGACCUCCGCCGAGACCUGGCCAGACCCACAAGUUAUAUGACUCAUGUGUAGAUAAUGAAGCCAAACCCAGUAUGUAUAUCAUAUUUGAGAGAAGCCAGUCAUAUCCAGAAUACUUGAUAGCUUACAGGGAAAAAAAUGCACCUUAUCUGGCUACAAGACCUGCAACAGCACAGGCAUCCACAGCUGUAAAUAUAUCCGUUCCUGUUCAGCAACGAAGUCAGAAAACUGUAUCACAACACUACCCAGUUUCUAUGGUCACACCAAGGGCAACAACACAAGCCUCUUCUGUCUCUAGCGCCACACCAGGGGCAACAACACAUGUGUCCUCUGCUUCCAGGGCCACACAAGGGGCAACAGCACCAGUUUCCCCUGUUUCUAGGGCCACACAAGGGGCAACAACACAUGUGUCCUCUGCUUCCAGGGCCACACAAGGGGCAACAGAACCAGUUUCCCCUGUUUCCAGGGCCACACAAGGGGCAACAGCAACACAUCAGCAAAUUAUUUACCCUUCUGAAACUAGCAUGAUAGAUUCAACAUCUCACCAAUCACAUCCUUUGUCUUAUCCAAUUGGUUCAGGUUAUCAUGACAACGAACCAGUGAGCAGUGUCUAUGAUAAGAGGAUGACAGAAGGACAGUUUAACCAGUAUCUUUUGGAAGACCAGCUUGAAAGGCAACGUCAGACAAGAGCAUUUGUAAGACAGUCUGAAAUGACACCACAGCAGAAGAAAAAGGAUGAGGGUUGUGUUCUUCAAUAAAUAUGUCAAAAACUUGAGUCAAAAGAACUGAAGGUGACCCUUAGAUUAAUCCACACAUCACUCUUUGUGUAAACGUUUGUGGUAGUAUCUGAAGCUACCUGUGUUUAGAUGAAAUUUUUCACUGGUGUUGAUUUUAAGGAAUGAAAAUUACAUCUUUAUCAAUCCCAAAUAUCUAAGUUAGUCAAAUCAUUGCAAUAGAUGGAUAAUUAGUACAUUGUGAUGGAUAAAGAAAUUGUUAAGUUAUACUCUUUUUGUCUCCCAUGCUGCUGAGUCACUAACUAGAUAUAGCUUGGCAUUAGUUGACCUACAUCAGCAACAGCAGUGGCAAUAUCAUCAUUAGUGUCCUGUCAAUUAAGUUAGUGCUACCAUCACAAAAUCUGCUUUUACAAGAUCAUCCUAGUACAAGUUUUUGAUGAAGAUUUUCACAUAUAGU